CCAGCCUCUCUCUCUGUAUUGUGCAGGCUUCCUUUGCAUUUUAAUUGCUCUCUCCAAAUCACAUCACUGUAUUACUGCUUUCUUCUUUCUUUCUUUCUGCAUGCACACACACAUGGCACGGCGCACACUGACAUCACUUGACAUCUCCGUGCUUCCUCAUUUCAAUAUUAACUGUUUACCAGAAGAGAAACUGGUUUGGUGCGGGGGUGCUGCAUACACGCGUGCCUCUGUGUGAGCAAGAGCUUUUUUUCCCCUCUCUGUCCCUUCGCAGCUAUAGGUCAUUACACUGAGCUGCUUGAAGCUGCCUGAUGCUAUUUUGCACCCGUGUGGCUCUAGAAGAGACAGCUGUGUGGAUGUGCUCCCCUUUGUGCCUUGGUUGGGGCAUUGGAACAACUGCAAAGCCUGGUGCUCCUGCUGCCAUCUGAAAGCCACCGUGCUGAAGGACCUUUGCCCUCCCCAGGCCGAUAAUAAUGACACAGAUGCAGUUUAAAGAUGCAUUUUGGUGCAAGGAGUUCACCUUACACACCGGCUUUGAGGUGCUCGUACAGCGACUGUUGGAUGGGAGGAAGAUGUGCAAAGAUGUGGAGGAUUUGCUUAAGCAAAGAGCUCAAGCAGAAGAGAGGUACGGGAAGGAGCUGGUUCAAAUUGCCCGAAAAGCAGGAGGACAAACAGAAAUCAACACGCUGAAGGCAGCGUUUGAGAAGCUCAAGCAACAAAUUGAAAGUGUUGGAAACUCUCAUAUCCAGCUGGCAGGAAUGCUGAAGGAUGAACUGAAAGGAAUAGAGGAGUUCCGAGAAAGGCAGAAGGAGCAAAGGAAAAAGUACGAGUCUGCAAUGGAGCGCAUGCAAAAGAGCAAGUUGUCCCAUUAUAAGAAAACUAUGGAGUCAAAGAAGAGCUACGAACAGAAGUGCAAGGAGGCGGAUGAGGCUGAGCAGUCCUUUGAGCGGAUGAGCGCUUCAGGCAACCAGAAGCAAACAGAAAAGAGUCAGAACAAAGCCAAGCAAUGCAGAGAUGCAGCACAUGAAGCAGAGAAUGUGUACAAACAGAACAUUGAACAGCUGGAUAAGGCCAGGACGGAGUGGGAACAGGAACAUAUUAAAACCUGUGAGGUUUUCCAGCUCCAGGAGUGUGACCGCAUCACCAUCCUCCGGAACUCACUGUGGGUUCACUGCAACCAGCUCUCUAUGCAGUGCGUGAAGGACGAUGAGCUGUAUGAAGAGGUCCGGGUAAGCUUGGAGAACUGCGUCGUAGAGUCAGACAUAGACUACUUCAUUAAGAGUAAAAUGACAGGAACACAACCCCCAGGUGCAAUAGGAUAUGAGAACUACUACGACAGAGAACCAAACAGAAGCAACAGCCCAACCCAGACCUGUGGGAUGAUGAAGAGAUUCUCUGGACUGUUGCAUGGAAGCAGCAAAAACAACACUGAAAGCGUCAUUCCUUCAGCCCCUCCUUUAGAGAAAGCAGAUGGGGUCUACGCAUCCAUUUUUGUAAAUGAACAUGAAAGAACUACAUCGUCACAGGACUACAGAGUACUGUACGACUACACAGCCCAGAACAUGGAUGAACUGGACAUCAAUGAAGGAGAUAUCGUAGCUGUCAUUGAAGAAAAUGACGACGGCUGGUGGACAGUAGAAAGGAAUGGGCAGCGAGGCUUUGUGCCAGGCUCCUACCUUCAAAAGAUCUGUUGAAGCGUAGCCUCAGUCCUUAGACUUUGAAAUUAUUCUACUACUGAAAACAAACAUCAUACAAGUUCUGCUCCAGCUGACCAAGAAAACCCAUUACACUGCCCUCUACAUUUACUAGUCAGGAAAUAACUGCUUUCAUCGUCCUUCCCACCGAUCCUCUCUCCCCCUCAACAACUUCUGGCCCACACUGUCUGAAAAAAAGCUGUCUUCAUCUCAGCAACAUGAGGACUUGUGUUUCUCACAAAGGUGUUUUCCACUCUCAGCACUGCUGCCGUUAGAAUCUCAAACCUUGGAGAAUCUGGGAGAAAAGCCCUGCUUAGAACUUAACUAUGCUAAAGGAAAAAGAAGCCAGUUCUGCUUGUCCAGGAUGGAGGAUCACCUCCAAUCAAUCUGGGAGCAACCCCUACUACCAUUGCAGCCAUGACCUCCACCAUGGAUCCCCUCUCCUCAACUUGCGAGUGCUGAGCUAAAAGCAGGAGGCAUGCACACUCAGAAAGCAGAUAGCUUUUACAUCACAAGGACAUCCAUGGCUCUGCUUUGCACUGGAUUCUGGGACAGCCAAAUGAGGGCAGAUGAAGAGCCCAAGGGCUGCUUUUACCUCAGUUGGGUGGGUUCUCUGACACCUAUGUUUAAAAAAAGUCUUCUAGCAGUGCUGCCCUGCCCUGAUCCUGGGAAAAAAAGCGCCAGCUGCCUCAUGCAGCCUGCACAGACGUGCCUUCAGCACAUUCUCCUUUUAACUUCUCUGUUCACCCAGCUGAUCCUUUCCUGCCCACAGGCUUCUCAGUCUGACUGCAGUCUCUGCAGCUCUGGGAUACCUGGCACAGAUUUGGCUGGGUUCCUUUCCUGUUACUUGUAAUGUGCUUGUUCUACAACAAAACCUCUUCAGAGAAGCUGUGCUGAGCAGGUUCGUUGCACCUCACAGGUUACAGAUCCAGCAGUAUCACCAGUCCAGCAUUUUAGGAAUGUUUCCACCCACCGCUAUACUUUGCAAGAGAUCACUGAGUACUUUGUGCCACUUCUCUCUCUUUAGCAUGCAGCGACAGUUAAAAACCUACACCAGUGAUUUGAUCUGAAGCAGAAAGUGCUACUUCUGGGGCUAGAAUUACCCUAUUUCUGAAAAUUUCAGAUCCUAAAACUGAACCAAAUCAAUGAAAAUGAGUCUAAUUGCACCUCAGAAGGCACAGAGCAGGGAGGAACUGUUAGCUAAGGUAACAGUGAGAAAAAAGUCAAGGCAGAAGAAAGAGCUGUAACACUCAACAGUGAGAGACAAAGGCACUCGUGUUAUCUUAUUCUCAUUUCUUGACUCCAGAAUAGAAGUUGCUGCAAGCCUUCUCUGUCCUCCUGCACACAUAGCGCACUUGCCUAAGUUACCAUGUUGCACAUCUGCAUUAGAGCUGAAGGGCUCUUAGCAGCUCCCAUCAGCAGAGGCUCAGUGGAAGUGCAGGAACUUGAAUGUCAUUUCAGGCACUAGAUUGUACAAACAGCAGCACACACACAGGCUGGGGAUGUCAACAACAGCUUCCUGUGGCCAUGCCUCAACCAACAGUGCUAAGAGUCCACAACAUUAGUUAACUGCACCGUCAAUGCAGCUGCCAGACAACUACAACAGUUCCUUAUGUACAGCACAAGAGGAAUCCUAAAGUACAAAAGAUUUAAUAUGUUUGCUUCUUGAAUUGUGGGUCUCCCACAAAGAGAACUGUAAUUAACCAACAGAUACUGAAAUAUUCUGCAAGCGAUCUUGAUUUUAAAAAGCCUUAAAGAUGCAGCUCUUGUAACAAUAUUUGACACAGGGAUUCUGCUAAGACUCCUCACAGACAGCCCCACACAAGACACUGCCAUACCCAGUCCUGCUUACCUUGAAAUCCUUGUAUGGAUUGGCUUUGCCUACACGAACCAUAUGGUCCACAUCAGCUGACAGAUGGUGACUACUGUAUCUCCUCCAUCAAAGCAUUUCAUAUUUUUGCUGUUAAAUUCAGGAAACUGGUUCCUUUCCUAUCUUUUUUUUUCCUGUCAAGUUUUCUUCUGUUUGUUGCAUCUGCUAUAGAUAUUUCUAAACCCACCCACUCUUGUAGCAUUUGUGUCCCACAUGCUAACUCCAGGCUGAUAAGGAAAUGAAAAAGCAACAGCAAUGUUUUCUCAUAAUUCAGUUUCUCUGCUUUACGCUGAAGAAUCUUGCCGAUAAGUAGUUUGUAAUCCAUAUCUAUGCAGCUUGCUCUAUCAGUGUGUCAGCACUCGUCAGAAAUAAAACAAAGAUAUCAAGAAAUACCCACACACCCCCUUAAAACACCCCUUUCAGUGUCAUCCAUUCCAGACAGUACGAAAAACAGGAAGGUCAAACAUAGGGCAUUGCCUUAAUAAUAAUGUUACCUCUCUGGCUUGGUAACUGUUUGGUAACAAAACCGAUGCGCUUGAGAAAUCA